UGCAGGGUUUUGACAGAGGUUUAGAGGGGAGGGGGCGUGCCUGCGCGUCCGAAUUAGGUUAGGCCCAAGGAUUUUACAGAUUCUCGCGUGUUUGUCACGUUGUGGAGCGAUGGAGCGGUAGCGAGGACGUGUUAGUGAUUGUGGACUGCGAGGAGUUGGGUGGGGUUAUUCAGUUGUGGGGCGGGGGGCCGAAAUCGGAGAAAAGAUGCGGAAUUUGGUGGUGAUCAAUGAGGUGCAUGGGGUGGUGGAGGGUGACGAUGACUCCAAGCUGCAAAUCGCAGCUGCGGCUGUUGAUGUUGACAAUGGGCUCUUCUUUGUCGUUUCGCAAUCUUCCGCACUCUUAUGCUACUCUCUUUCUUCCUCCAAGGUUGAAUGGAUUGUCACCUUGGACGAGGAGGGUGGACCUGUGGUAGCUAUGGACUGGAGGGUGGAGGUCGAAUCCGUUGUUAUUGGCCGUUCCAGCGGACAGGUUGUUGAGGUUAGUGAUUCUGGUCAAGAAGUGCAAGAGGUGGGUUCCUUAAAGGGAGGACUUCUGGCUAUGGCAGCUAGUCCGGAUGGUGAGCUCUUGCUUCUCGCUACUGGGUUUGGUCAACUCCUGGUUAUGACUCAAGACUGGGAUCUUCUGUAUGAAGUCACUCUUGACGAGGGCCUCGCUGCUUCAGGUAGCGUGCAGCUAAGCUGGCGAGGGGAUGGCAAAUAUUUUGCCACACUUGUGACAGGGAGCGGUGCCUCCACUGAUUCGAGUCCGUUGAAGAUCUGGGAAAGAGACACCGGAGCCUUGUACGCAUCUGGAGAGAGCAUUCCCUAUUUGCAAACAGCGAUGUCUUGGUGUCCCUCAGGGGCUCGCAUUGGCACUGCGUGUAUACAACCGAACAGCACAAGCCAACCCCUCAUAAUGUCUUUCGAGAAGAACGGUCUCAAGCGCGACAAAUUUCAGCUGGAAGGUCCUCUGGACACGCAUGUAAAUUAUCUCAAGUGGAACAGCAAUUCUGAGCUUCUGGCUAUGGUGAUUACUACUAAAGAUUGGACUGGCGUCCAGAUCUGGAGCUGCAGCAAUUUCCACUGGUACUUGAAACAGGAGCUACGGUUUCCAAGCACAGAUGAACUGAACGUGUUGUGGGAUCCUGAGGAUCCAAUGACACUAGUCUGCUGGACAGCCAGUGGGACCAUCCGCACUCUUAAACUUGGAUGGAAAUCUGCAGUUCUAGACUCGAGCAUUGCUCUGGUUAUUAAUGGCCUUAGCUUACUCGUGUCACCCCUUUCUCUUGCCCUCAUCCCUCCGCCUAUGUCACUCUUUACAAUUACUUUCCAGGCCCCGGUACAGGUUGUGGCAUUUUUGCAAGACCAUGAACGCUGCUGUUUCAUAGCUGCACGGCUCUCGGAUAGCACGCUGAGUGUUGUGACUUUACCUGAGCUCAAUGAUUGGUUAGAUCUUGAUGGAAUCAAUCACACAGCGCAUUCUAUCUCUGUUCUCUCCGACUUGAAACAGAGCAUAAGCGAGCUCCGGCACCUUACGUGGUUAAGUUCUGGGGCGCUACUGGGCGCCCUCUCAGUUCAACCGGGGUCUGACAAGGUUGGCAUUUCCGGAAACUUCUCAGGAACUCAAAAUGGGGUGUUUUUCCAAACUUAUCCAGGAAGUAAGGAGAUACUCGUCGAAGUUGAUCUUGACAUGGUAGCCUACAAUCCUAGUCCAAUUAUGUCAGACGGUGUUCAAAUACAGGGAGUACAGGAAACACCUGUAAAACAGGCGGUGAUUAGUAUCAUCAAGAACAAGGCUCCUCUGUCGGAUCAGAACGGAGACGCUUUUGUCCAACUAGGGGAUGGCUCGAUGUUGUUGUAUUCUGAAUCACAAGGGGCGUCGCAGUUCGGUAAAACUGUGAUUGGGAAGUUUGCGAGGCCUUGUCCAUGGACGAGUGUGCUGCAAUCUGAGAAUGGAGAAACUCUUCUCCUUGGACUCGAUCAGAAGGGGAGUUUGGAGCUUCUGGGUCGCUGUGUUCUCUGCAGAGAUUGCUCAAGCUUUGUUGUUCAUACAGCAGCUGAUUCUCGAUCUCAUCUUUUGUACACCACGCAGAGAGACUCAAUGCAUGUUGUCAGUUUGUCUGACCUCUCGUCCCUCUCGGAGGUGCAGUCUAAGCAGGAAGUUAACAUGAAACCUGAAAUUUCAGAUGGGAGGAAGCCAAAAGGGGUUGGUUUCCAAGAAGAGAAUCUGAAAGUGCGUCCCCUGUGGGAACGAGGGGCGAGGUUGGUUACAGCGUUAGGAGGUCAUGACGUGGCUGUGAUAGUGCAGACCAUAAGGGGUAAUUUGGAGACAGUAUAUCCACGGGGUCUUGUGCUAGGUGCAAUCGCAGAAGCCUUGAAGAAAGGCGAUUUUCGUGAGGCUAUGGGAUUAACUCGGAGGCAUCAUAUUAAUCUGAAUGUAUUAGUUGAUUAUGGAGGUUGGCGAAACUUUUGCGUGAAAGCUUCUGAGUUUGUCAAACAGGUGGGUAAGUUAAACCACAUCACUGAACUAGUGUACGCUCUAAAUGAGGAAAACAUCGUCGAAACCACGUACAAAAACUUACUACCUCCCUUCCCAGAACCACUAAGCCCUGCGGAUGCUGCAACUGAAUUGAUGAAGUCUCAAUUCACAGCCAACAAGGUGCAGACUGUUCUGAAAUCUUUGAGAUUAGGUGUAGAAAAAGAGAUUCCUGUUAGUCCUGGAAAAGAGCUUUGCAUCCUGGCCACGCUAGCUAAGAGCCGCCCACCAGAAUUGAAAGAAGCUUUGCAACGAAUCAAAAGUUUGCGUGAAGCAGAGCUGCAGGGAGAAGUUGCUGUAGAGCUGGAGGCAGUCGAAGAGACGGGAGAAAAGGGGAAGGUCAUACUGAGUGCUGAGGCUGCAUUGAAGCAUUUGCUUUGGCUAUCAGACGCAGAUAUUGUCUUUAAAGAAGCUCUAGGAUUGUACGACUUGCACCUGGCGGCAAUGGUUGCUUCUCAUGCGCAAAGAGAUCCAAAAGAAUUCAUUCCUCUUUUGAAAGAGUUAGAGGAAAUGCCACCACACUUAAUGCAAUACAGCAUUGACGUAAGGUUGGGUCAUUAUGAGAGCGCUCUGCAAAACCUUGCUCAAGGAGGGGAAGCCAACUUCAAUGAAUGCCUACAGUUGAUGAUGGAUCAUGCUGAGCUAUUUCCACUUGGAUUACAUAUUUUUAGAGAAUCUAAAAAUAGGCUUCCUGUUUUGGAAGCAUGGGGAGAUCAUCUAAUGCAACAAGAAAAGUUUGAGGAUGCUGCGGCUGCUUACUGCUCUUGUAACAAUCUUCAAAAGGCUCUGGGUUCAUAUAGAGCUGGUGGCUUAUGGCGAGGAGUGAUGACUAUCGCAGGCCGGAUGAACCUUUCUCGUGAGGAAUGGACCUCACUUGCAAGUGAUUUGGGAGAAGAGCUGCAGGCUAUGGGCAUGCCAGCUGAAGCUGCUUGCGUUGCCUUAGAGUAUAUCCAUGAUGUAGAUUCUGGGGUUAGAUUAUUGCUAGAGGCCAGGGAGUGGAUGGAAGCUGUCAGAGUAUCUUCGUUAUAUGCUCGUGAAGAUCUUUUAUCCUCACUCAUUGAAUCAGCCGCUUUGGAGUGUGCAAGUGCCCUGAUUGAAGAGUUUACAGAAGGUCUUGACAAGGUGAGGAAGUAUCUUUUGCGUUAUCAGACCGUCAGGCAGCGGCGGCUGGCGUUAGCAGCAAAGUUGAAAGCAGAGGAAGAUGGAGAAUGGGUGGAUGAUGAUACAAUUUCAGAAGCAAGCAGCCACCUUAGUAGUAUGAGUGCAUACUCCCAUGGGACGGCUGCUACAAGCAGUGUCACUACAGGGUCAGGGCGAGGAAGAAAGCAAAGUGUUCGAUCCCAGAAAAAGGUCAAAGGGGGCCGAAUUCGAGCUGGCAGUGCUGGAGAGGAAGGAGGUCUUGUUGACUACAUCAGAGGCAUGGCAGUAAGUCCUCGGAUGCUAGAUGAAGUACGGAGGUUGCUGAGUGUGCUCGUUCUUCAAGGGCAUUAUUCUGUUGCACAUCAUGUUCAAUCGUCAUUAGUCGCAUACCAAAAUGAUCAGAAGGUAGCGUUAGAGACAAUGGAAAAGGAUGCCGCAGAUGACAAUUUGCAAGCGGGGAAUCCACCGUCUGCAAGUACUGCAGCAGUGAGCAAAUCCUCGUCCCCAGCAAUAUGGAGAUUGGCGGUGUUGGAGCCUCCAGAUGGCGUUUGUAUAUAAUGAGGUGUUAAUUGGGUUCAGUUUGAUUCUUGGCUUGUUAACCAUUGUAAUCCACCUCAACCUUAAUUUAAGCAUUUCUUUUCAGCGAUGCUGCAUUAUCAAACAA